AUGAGCAUUGACUCAGACGCCGGCCCGCAAGGCUCAGAUUCAACGGCUGCAUCUUGCAAUGCUCCUUGCACGAGCACUGCUACCCCAGACCCGGAUUCCGCUGCUUCGAAUGCAUCAGAAUCUGCGGACCGGGCCCAACAGACUCAAUCAGGUUCUGGAUCUCUCCUUACAUCGUUGUUGUCGCCCUUCAGCUCGAUAUUGCAUAUUUUACCGGAGAAUAAACCCGGGGAGGUAUCAACAUCCGAAAAGAAAGAUGCAGCUCAAAGUCAAGAUUCAUCAAUCCCACAAACAAAUCCAUCCGACACCCCAAAGGAUCCAGAACCGGAGUCAACUCCAGAACCGUAUUAUACUCCGAAAACAACACCAACCUUCAAGCGCCUUGCAAAACUCCGUCUGAGCGGAACGAGAGAGAAACAACUCAUUCGCGCAGCUGCCCGUGCCCAUAACGAUCCCCCGCCUCCACCGGGUCUGGGCGUAUGCUGUGGUAGCUCGUGUGAUCCCUGCGUGAAUGAACUCUGGAGACAGGAGAGGGAUACUUGGAGGGAGAGAUGGGGGGAUCAUGCCGUUGAGGAUAAGAAGGAUUCGGAGUUGGAGUGGUGA